GGUAAAGGCAAAAUGGCUUUCAGUAAAGGAUACCGAGUCUAUCACAAGCUGGAUCCACUUCCAUUCAGUGUGAUAGUGGAAGCCAGAAACAGAGAAGAAUGUCUCAUGUUUGAAUCCGGAGCUGUGGCUGUCCUCUCUUCUGCAGAAAAAGACACAAUCAAGAACACCUACUCCAAAGUAAUGGAUGCAUAUGGGCUCUUGGGUGUAUUGAGAUUAAACCUUGGAGACACAUUGUUACAUUAUCUGGUUCUAGUAACAGGAUGCAUGUCGGUGGGAAAGAUUCAAGACUCAGAAGUUUUUCGAGUUACUUCCACUGAGUUUGUAUCCUUACGGAUUGAUACAACAGAUGAGGAUCGUAUUUCAGAAGUGCGCAAAGUUUUGAACUCGGGCAACUUUUAUUUUGCAUGGUCUGCAACUGGGGUCAGUUUAGAUCUUAGUCUCAAUGCUCACCGCAGCAUGCAAGAGCACACCACUGACAAUAGGUUCUUCUGGAACCAGUCACUGCAUUUGCAUCUGAAGCACUAUGGUGUGAACUGUGAUGACUGGUUGUUACGUCUCAUGUGUGGAGGAGUAGAGAUAAGGACAAUUUAUGCGGCUCACAAGCAGGCAAAGGCUUGUCUCAUUUCACGGCUGAGCUGUGAACGGGCUGGCACCAGAUUUAAUGUUCGGGGAACAAAUGAUGAUGGUCACGUUGCUAAUUUUGUUGAAACAGAGCAGGUGAUAUUUUUAGAUGACUCUGUGUCAUCAUUCAUACAAAUUCGAGGAUCUGUUCCAUUAUUUUGGGAGCAGCCAGGUCUGCAGGUGGGAUCCCAUCGUGUCAGAAUGUCAAGGGGUUUUGAGGCAAAUGCACCAGCUUUUGACAGGCAUUUCCAAACUCUUAAAAAUUUAUAUGGCAAGCAAAUUAUUGUAAAUUUACUUGGGGCAAAAGAAGGGGAGCACAUGCUCAGCAAAGCUUUUCAGAGCCAUUUGAAAGCAUCUGAACAUUCAGCUGAUAUCAAAAUGGUGAACUUCGACUAUCAUCAAAUGGUUAAAGGUGGAAAGGCAGAAAAACUACACAGUGUCCUUAAACCUCAAGUCCAGAAAUUCUUAGAGUGUGGAUUUUUUUAUUUUGAUGGAAAGGAAGUUAAAAGAUCUCAAAGCGGUACUGUCAGAACAAACUGCUUGGACUGUCUGGAUAGAACAAACAGCGUACAAGCUUUCUUUGGCUUGGAGAUGCUAACAAAACAACUGGAAGUGUUAGGAUUAGCUGAGAAGCCUCAGUUGGUUACUCGCUUUCAGGAAGUUUUCCGAUCCAUGUGGUCUGUGAAUGGUGAUUCUGUCAGUAAAAUUUAUGCUGGAACUGGAGCCCUUGAAGGGAAAGCUAAGCUGAAGGAUGGUGCUCGUUCUGUGACCAGAACGAUUCAAAAUAACUUUUUUGAUAGCUCCAAGCAGGAGGCCAUUGAUGUUUUGUUAUUGGGAAAUACCCUAAAUAGUGAUUUAGCAGAUAAAGCACGGGCUCUCUUAACCACCAGCAGUUUACGCGUUUCAGAGCAAUCAUUACAAUCAGCAUCUGUAAAAGUGCUAAAGAGUAUGUGUGAAAACUUUUAUAAGUAUGCAAAACCGAAAAGAAUUAGAGUCUGUGUCGGGACGUGGAAUGUCAACGGGGGAAAGCAGUUUCGAAGUAUUGCCUUUAGAAAUCAGACCCUUACUGACUGGCUUCUAGAUGCACCAAAGUUAGCUGGAAUUCAUGAAUUCCAAGAUCGCAAAAGCAAGCCUGUAGACAUAUUUGCCAUUGGAUUUGAAGAAAUGGUGGAGUUAAAUGCAGGAAACAUUGUGAAUGCCAGCACAACCAAUCAGAAGCUCUGGGCUGCUGAGCUGCAGAAGACUAUAUCAAGAGAUUACAAGUAUGUGCUGCUGGCUUCUGAGCAGUUGGUGGGCGUCUGCCUUUUUGUGUUCAUCAGGCCCCAGCAUGCGCCUUUUAUCAGGGAUGUUGCUGUUGAUACUGUAAAGACUGGCAUGGGAGGAGCCACUGGUAAUAAAGGUGCAGUAGCAAUUCGGAUGUUGUUUCAUACAUCCAGUCUUUGCUUUGUCUGCAGUCAUUUUGCUGCAGGGCAAUCACAAGUUAAAGAGAGAAAUGAAGACUUCGUAGAAAUAGCUCGCAAGCUCAGUUUUCCAAUGGGAAGGAUGCUCUUUUCCCAUGAUUAUAUCUUUUGGUGUGGUGACUUCAAUUAUCGAAUUGAUAUUCCAAAUGAGGAGGUUAAGGAACUAAUACGACAACAGAACUGGGAUUCCCUUAUAGCAGGAGACCAACUUAUCAAUCAGAAAAAUUCUGGACAGAUUUUUAGGGGAUUUUUGGAAGGGAAAAUAAAUUUUGCUCCUACAUACAAAUACGAUCUGUUUUCUGAUGACUAUGACACCAGUGAAAAAUGUCGCACACCAGCAUGGACAGAUCGUAUUCUUUGGAGAAGAAGAAAAUGGCCUUUUGACCGAUCAGCUGAAGACCUGGAUCUUCUGAAUGCUAGUUUUCACAGUGACAGUAACGUCCCUUACACAUGGAAUCCUGGUACUUUGUUGCACUAUGGAAGAGCAGAGCUGAAAACAUCUGAUCACAGGCCUGUGGUUGCAUUGAUUGACAUUGACAUAUUUGAAAUUGAAGCAGAAGAGAGACAAAAGGUUUAUAAGGAGGUGAUUGCAAUGCAAGGACCACCUGAUGGUACUGUAAUGGUCUCCAUCAAAAGUUCUUCAGCAGAAGAAAACUAUUUUGAUGACAACUUGAUUGAUGAACUUCUUCAAAAAUUUGCAAGCUAUGGUGAAGUUAUACUUAUAAGGUUCGUGGAAGACAAGAUGUGGGUAACAUUUUUGGAAGGAAGCUCUGCUUUGAAUGUUAUGAAUUUGAAUGGUACUGAGCUACUUGGCAGGAUUAUAAACAUCAGUUUGAAAAAUCCAGAUUGGAUCAGAACUUUGGAAGAUGAAAUGAAUCUAGAGAAGAUUAAUAUUGGGCUACCUUCAUCAACAAGCUCCACUUUGCUUUGUGAAGAUGCUGAGGUUACUGCUGACUAUGACAUGGAAGGAGACAUUGAUGACUACAGUGCCGAAGUAGAAGAAAUCCUUCCUCAGCAUCUACAGCCAACUUCGAGCUCUGGUCUUGGAACCUCCCCAAGCUCUUCACCACGUUCCAGUCCCUGUCAAUCCCCUACGCUGUCAGAUGGACCUGUGCUCCCAGUGAGACCAAGCCGAGCACCAGCAAAAACUCCCGGACCACCGGUUUCCGCACACACUGAAUUUCAGGUUGGCACCCAGCAGAAGGAGUCUUCCCAGAGCCUGGAGCCUAAGCGUCCUCCACCUCCUCGCCCUGUUGCUCCUCCUGCACGCCCCGCUCCACCACAGAGGCCACCUCCACCAUCAGGCGGUAGGAGUCCUGCACCUGCUAGAAAAGAAUUUGGAGGUCUUGGAGCUCCUCCCAGUCCUGGGGUAGCUAGGAGAGAAGUAGAAGCACAAAAAAGUCCUGGAACGCAAAGAAAAGAUAACUUAGUUCGUAAUCAGCCUCCACCUUCACCUGGAAUUUCAAGCACAGGAACUGCUGGAUAUGGUACAACCAGACCGACUAUUCCACCUCGAGCUGGAGUUAUUAGUGUACCACAAAGCCACGGCCGUCCCUCUGGGGGAAGACUGACACCCGAAACUCAGACCAAACCAGCUGAACCACCAAGGGGCUCACCGUUGCUUCCUGAACCACUCAAGCCUCAGACUGCUGGACCUGCUCAGCCUACCACCACUCAGACACCUCCUGUGCUAAGGAUGCAGGAGCCUAUGAUACCUGUGUCAUCACAGCCGUCUCAGACAAGUGCCCCACAAAGUCUAGAACGCCCCCAACCACCACCUCGUAGCCGAUCAUCUCAAAGUUUGCCUUCUGAAUCUGCUUCUUCGCAGCAGCAAAUUAAAACAAAUGGAGCAUACGGCACUAAACUUGAAACACAGUUAAACAGUGACCCUUUUGAAGAUUUGUCAUUUAAGCUGCUUGUGUCAAAGAUGCAGACAUCUGUUCGAACAUCACCUGUUCCAACUUUGAACCAAAAGGAGUUGAUACAGUUGCCUUCAGCAACACAAAGAAAUGCUGAUAUUUUGAAUACUUUAAAUUGCAUGCCAGCAAUGCCUCCUAUGCCAACCUUUAAGACAUCACAGGAACAUAAGCGCAGCUCUCCAAAUCCAUUUAUUACUGGACUGAACUGCACAAAUCCAUUCACUGAAAGAACUCCUAAUACUGGAAAUCCAUUUAGAACAGGAACACAAGAAUCUGAAAUAACUUCACAUUUACUAGAAGGACGUGCCACUUGCAAUCCUUUCCCUUCUCUAAAUCCUCCCAGUUGUAAUACAAGCAAGCCAGUAUUUUCUGCGGAUGCAUCUGAAAACACUUUUUGCUUGCUAGGUAAAUCUGUCAUGGUAAAAACUGUACAGCCAAAAGGAUGGGUAACAUUUGAUGAUGAUGAUGAUAAUUUCAACAUAAAGCUAAAGCCAUCUAGAAGUGUUCCAGAUAUUAAGCAAAUCAGUUCCAGGAAGUCAGCUGGAUCUCCAGAUUUGCUGGGCACUCAACAAAAUACUUUUCUUGGUUCAGACUUUAACUUUGAUAAUGACUGGAAUAAAAGUUCGACUGAUUGUUUCUAUACAAUGCCAGCAAGAAGACCACCUGCACCUCCCAUACCAUCAAGAGUAACCAGCAACAGAUCCCCCGCAGAUCCUUUCACUUCCUUGGCACCUAAGGUGUCACCAACACAAGAUUUUACAGAAAGAUAG